AUGGAACAGUGGACACCUACUCUGAGGAAGUGCAGGCGUUGGAUGGGAGGUAUUUUGUUCGUGUCAACGUUGUGGUUUACCUCCCAGAGUGGAUUUAUCUUACUCAGUGUAUUGUAUUUACCGGGUUUCUUGUUUGGGCUCCCGUCUGCCCAGUGGAUCUUUGAUACGCUUACCAGCUUUUGGUUUGCCUUCGCUGUUGGCAUAUAUGAACUUAUUUAUGGUGUGAAAAUCGUGAUUCAAGGGGACGUUAGAAAACUUAGUAAAAACAGAUGUUCUUUAAUCAUCAUGAAUCACCGGACACGGCUAGACUGGUUAUUAUAUUUCUCUGUACAGGCGAGAUACGGAUCUCUGAGACGGUUUAAAAUAGCUCUCAAGGACGAGAUUCGGCACGUGCCUGGGGCAGGGUGGGCAAUGCAAGCAACCCAGUUUCUGUUCCUGAAGAGGAAAUGGCAAAUUGACAAAAACCGUGUAGACAUUACCUUGAAAAAGUUCAAACAGAAUUCUUUACCACCUCAGCUACUGUUCUUUCCAGAAGGUACGGAUUUCAGGGGAAUGAGUCGCCAGAAGAGCAGAGAUUACGCAAAGAAGAAUGAACUAGAGGACUAUGAAUAUGUACUUCAUCCUAGGACGCUAGGGUUCACUUCAGUUGUUAAUAACAUGAAAGAGUACAACAACCUUGAUCAGAUUGUAGAUGCCACUGUGUCUUACCCUCGCACCAUGCUGCAGAAUGAGACAGAGCUCGUCACGGGGAAAAUACCGCGAGAAGUUGUCUUCACCAUACAUUGCUAUGACUUAGAUCAAGUGCCGACCGAAAAUGAGCCGAAGUUGAUCAGAUGGUUGGAGGACCGCUGGCAGGAGAAAGAAGAAUUCUUGAGGUGUUUCUAUGAAAACAAGGAAUACAGCGACAGUAACGGAUACACAAAAGAACAAAAUAUCGAAAUAGAAAGGGACACAAAAUUGUAUUUGGUCGGUGCAAUUUUAUUCUGGGCAUUACUUAUUGUUUUUACGUUAUAUUAUUUAAUGUUUUCGUACGGUUUUCGUAUGGUAUAUGGGACAACAUUUAUGAUGUGUAUACUUCUGAGCACUUGUGUAGGGUUUGAUACACUGUUCAGCAACAUAUAG